UCCCUUCCUCUCACAAGAAGCUCUAUAGCUAGCAGCAGCUAAGCACAUUGAUUUCACACUCUUUUUCUCUCUUAUUCCCUCUCCACAAGCCUCUCUCUUUCAUCUUCCUUUUAAGCAAGAGUUUGUCACCAAAUCUGUUUUGAGUUUAUCAACAUAGCUAGAGAUGGCUGCUGGCUUGAAGUCACUGCCUCUCUUUGCAUUGCUACUUGUUCUUUCUGCUAUUGUUGCUGAGAGUCGAGUUGCAAGGAAGGACUUAGGAUUAGACUUAGGUGGUGUGGGAAUUGGACUUGGUGCUGGUGUUGGCAUUGGCUUAGGUGGGGGCAGUGGCUCCGGCUCAGGCUCUGGCUCUGGCUCGGGCUCUGGUUCUGGUUCAGGCUCUGGUUCGGGUGCUGGAUCAGGUGCUGGAUCAUCAGCAGGUUCAGGUGCCGGUUCAGGUGCUGGCUCAGGUGCUGGGUCCUAUGCUGGGUCUGGGGCUGGUUCAGGAUCCGGUGGUGGUCGAGGACGUGGAGCUGGAUCUGGUUCAGGCUCUGGCCAAGGCCAAGGACAAGGACAAGGGUCUGGUUCUGGAUAUGGUGAAGGCUACGGUGAGGGCAGCGGUUCAGGAAAUGGGUCUGGUUAUGGUGAAGGUCGUGGGUAUGGGUCGGGUUAUGGCAGCGGGCAUGGAAAGUGAGGCGAUGUGACUACGUGAUACUAGAUAUUGGUAGGGUCGCCAUUUGGAAUAUUGAAUAAGGUGAUAGUAUUUACCAAAAAAAAAAAAGAGUAAUAACAAUAAUAAGGUGAUAGUGGGAUGUCCUUUGUAAGUUGUAACUCCUGGGAAUUGUUUAGUACAAAUAAUAUGUUUUCUUUCUUGUUUUUUA